CACACACACACACACACACUCUCUCUCUCUCUCUCUCUCUCUCUCUCCCCCUCUCACACACACACACAUUCAGUUCGAAACGCAUCUUUCGCCUCUUCGGCCUUUUCCCUACAAAUUCCUCAAAACUUGUAACUCUCAAGGAUCUCACUAGCCGACCCACCAUUCCAGCUUAGGGUUCUUCUCGGAUCACACAGGCUCAGCACUUAUGGAACAAUCAUACAUUUUUCUUGAGGUUUGAUGUUGGGAAAAAUCGUUGGACUUGUUAGGAAUUUGUAGACAAUGGAGAGGCCAAAGACCCCAGAAACCCUAGAAGAUCAAAACCCUAGUGGUAAAACCCUAGAAGGGGCAUCUGAGUUGUUAGGGUGGAGUGAGAACUGUAUUGGGUUGGAGUCAUUUCCUGGAAUUUUGGGAGGUAGUGGAGAAGGAGUUGGUGUUACUGGUAAUGAUGCGGGACUUGGUUAUGUGGAAGGGGUGACUCAAGCGGUGGAAGCCGAGAAAGGAGUCCUGGAUGGUAAUAAAGGAGAGGAUUUGGGAUUGUUGGGUAUGGAGGCAGUUUCUGGUGUGUUUAAUAGUUGCAUGAAUGGUGUUGGGGCUGAGGAGGUUUGUUGGCUUAAUGGUGAGGUUGGUGGGGAAAAUAAGGCUCAAAUGGGCUCCCAAAGGUUGCCAUCCGAAAUGGGAAAUGACGUUCAGAUGGAUUUUGCGGAGCCAGAGUCAGAUGGGAACGGGAACUUAGAGGAUUUGGGUGGUAAUGAGGAUGAAGAGGGUGGAGUUGAUGUGGAAAGCGAUGCUCAAAUGGGUUCCCAACAGUCCCUAUCAGAUAAUGGAAAUGACAUGCAGACGGAUUUUGCGGAGCCACAGUCAGAUGGGAACGGGAACUUUGAGGAUUUGGGUGGUAAUGAUAAUGAAGAGGGUGGAGUUGAUGUGGAAAGCGAUGCUCAAAUGGGUUCCCAACGGUUGCCAUCAGAUAAGGGAAAUGACGUUCAGAUGGAUUUUGCGGGGCCACAGUCAGAUGGGAACAGGAACCUUGAGGAUUUGGGUGGUAAUGAGCAUGAAGAGGGUGGAGUUGAUGUGGAAAAUGAUGCUCAAAUGGGUUCCCAAUGGUCGCCAUCAGAUAAGGGAAAUGAUGUUCAGAUGGAUGUUUUGAAGCCAGAGUCAGAUGGGAACGGGAACUUAGAGGACUUGGGUGGUACUGAUAAUGAGGAGGAUGGAGUUGAGAAGAUUGCUGAUGAUGAUGAUGAUGGUAUGAAUGAAGGAAAAACAUUGGGAUUGAAUGGGAUUGACUCAGUUGGGGUUGACUCAUCUAGCAAGAAGAUAGAAGUUUCGGAUGAUGGUAUAUCACUGUUCGUGGAUUUUAGUGGUCAUCCACCAGAUGAUCUUCAGGUGGCAAGUUGUCCUGGAUUUGCAGGUACAGAAACUGUAGAAGAAUUUGGACAUGAUGAACAGGAGAAGGAUUUUGAUUAUCAAGGCUAUGGUUUUUCUGCGGGUGACAUUGUAUGGAUUAAAACCAAAACCCAGACAUGGUGGCCUGGUAAAAUAUAUGAUCCAGUAUAUGCGUCGAAGUUUGGUGCCAGUGGGGAUCCAGGGGGCUGUCUACUAGUUGGAUAUUUUGGGAUGAGUCAUGUAGCAUGGUGCCAUCCAUACCAACUAAAACCUUUUCGUGAGUACUUUGAGCAGAUGUCGGGGCAAAGCAAGGCUAGAAUAUUCCUUGGAGCUGUUGAGAAAGCACUCGAAGAGUUUGGUCGGCUUGUAAAAUUGAAUAUGACUUGUUUGUGUGUUUUGAAAGAAAACCACCUGUCAGCCAGUGAUGCAGAAUCUAUCAAAGGAAUUCCCAUGCCUGACCGCAAAUCUGGCAAACUCGGUGAAUUUUCAGUUGAUCAUUUUAAUUCUGCAGAGUUUCUUGCGCAUCUCAAAAAUCUUGCACUGGUUGUUUCCAUGGGUGGCACACUUGAUUUUGUUGUCAAACGAAAUCAAUUAUCAGCCUUCUACCGUUCCAUAGGGCACAGCCAGCUGCCUAUGCAUCUACUCUGGGAAACAAAUGAUGCUGAAGAUGGUGCUGAUUGCAAGUCAAUGGCUAAACGUAAUGUCGACAUUUGGGUUGGAUAUGGAGAUACUGAGCUAGAUGAAAUGUUUUUGAAAAGCACACCAUUAAAUAACUCUCAGAAGGAUGAAAGAAAUGAAGUGUUAGACAAGGUUUUUGAUGGAGACAAUAUUGCUGAUGAAGGUUUCAUCUCAGGUUCAAAAUUGAGGAGGAGAAAGGUGAAGAGGGAUUCUGACUUUGAAUAUGGUGAUGUUGGAAAUGAGGGAAUGACUGAAAAAGGCAUCGAAUCAAGAGAACGGAAGAAGCAGGUACUUGUCUUACCCGUACAUAAACUUGAGACAGAAGGGAUUGCCUGCUGAAAUGGAUGAUGAGGGAGUGGCUGCAAAUAUUGAUGCCAGCCGGUCUAGUGGGUCGCCAUCUAAUUUUAAAUUUACUGGUGAGAAGUUCUGGAGAAAGUGGUAUAAAAGGCUUACAGGUGAAAGUAACAUAUCCGGUGACCCAAACUUAAUAAAUGCAUCUUCUGCUGAGUUGCUUUCUGAAAUCUACUCUACAGCUGUCAACUGCCUCUAUCCGAACGAAAAUAAGACAUUUGAUUCAGUUGCCUGGUUUGUUUCUAGAUUCAGGAUUUCGGUAUUUCAUGAUGAAUCUAUUUGUAAAGCCUAUCGUAACAAUAUGGUUGGUCAGGAAGAUGCUAACCCCAACCUGUUGGGAUAUAGCGGUCAGAACGAGGCAAAAUCUGAACCAAAGAAAAGGAGGAGAAAGUCUAAGUUGAAGCAUCCAGGGGGCGAAGACACUGCCAGCAUGCCAAAUCUAGUUCAAAGCACUUCAA